AUGUUCCAGGAAUCUUGGACAAGAGGAACCACGUCCCAGAAAUCCAGAACAAGAGGAACCAUGUCCCAGGAAACCACUAAAAGAGAGGAGCCAUGUCCGAGAAUUACAGACAAGAGGGACCAUAUCCCAAGAACCAACAACAAGAAGGACCAUGUCCCAGGAAUCCUGGACAAGAAGAACCAUGUCCCAGAAAUCCAGGACAAUAGAAACCAUAUCCCAGGAAUUCAGGACAAGAGGAACCGUGUCAAAGGAAUCCAGGACAAGAGAUACCAUGUCCCAGGAAACCAGAACAAGAGGAACCAUAUCCCAGGAAUUCAGGACAAGAAGAACCAUGUCCCAGGAAUCCAGGACAAAACAUACCAGUGUUCGAGGACAAGUGGAAUUACCUUAUCGAAAAUCUGGUAA